UCGCAGCCAAACGCACCCGGCGCCGCGGAUCUGCUCUGCUCGGCUCAACCAUGCUCCAAACCCAGUGAAAACAGUUUUUUCUGCCAAAGUUGUCCAAAAUGCACGCGACCCUCUUCGUCCUGCUGCUCGCCCUGCAAGGAGGUUUGGCGGUGAAGGAGGCGCGGCUGGUGACACGCCCGGGCGGCGGCGUGGUGCGUCGCGGCAGCGCCGUCACGCUGGUGUGCGAGUACGACCUGGAGGGCGCGCCGCUCUACUCGGUCAAGUGGUACCGCGGCACCCGCGAGUUUUUCCGCCACACGCCCGUCGACAGCCCCUCCACCAAGCUCUUCCCCUUCCACGGCCUCCACGUUGACAAUGCAGAGUCUGACGGGAACAAAGUGCGACUGGUGGACAUAGGAUUCAACCUGUCCGGCAACUACAGCUGUGAGGUGUCCGCCGACGCGCCCUCCUUCAGCACGGCCUUUGUCUCGCAAUACAUCACCGUCGUUGCCCUACCGGAGAAAAGACCUUUGCUGACUGCUGAGCGACCUGACUACGAAGUGGGCGACCUUCUCAGGGCCAACUGCAGCUCAGGCCCUUCCAGACCGCCCGCCAAUCUCACUUUCUACAUCAAUGAUAUGCCUGUGGGUGAAGAUGGUGUGCGUCGAUGGGGGUCGCAGGUGUCACCGGACGGGACGGAGGCGUCGCAGGCGAGCCUCGAGCUCAAGCUGCGGCCGUUCCACUUCACCGCGCUCAGCCGCGUCAUCGUCCGCUGCGACGCCACCGUCCUCGGCGUUUACGUGGACACGGCCAAGGUCGUCGUCAGGUCGCGCAUCGACGUGCCGCCCUUCGCCAGGGACACGCCGGUCAGCAGCGCCGCCGGCAUCGAACCAAAACCUGAAAGAGUAACUUCGCCAAACCGGACAGGGUCUGCUUUGCUGGCGAGCCGGUCUUUGUUGUUGUCAAGUUUGGUGCUGUUAGUGGCAUCCCUUCUGGCCGCGUGCAGGUAGUCUGCCCUCUUAAAUCACUUAAUUAGGUCCUAUCACCACAUCCGCCAAGUGCAUAAUGGAAAAGCAUGUGCGGAAUAAUAUUGACUCUUUCGCGAGAGUGACUGUUUAAAAGAAAUCUCUCAACACUAAACCAUUUCAGAAAUCCCCCUUCAACUGGAAAAAAAUCAACAGAAUACUUUUUAUCUCAGGCUCAAUAUUUUCCUCGCAUGAAAGCAAUUUUAAUUAAAAAAGUUUGAUGAUUAUUAAAUUAUUAUUAAUUUGGUGACGCUAUGUAUGUUAAUGCAAUCUAGUCCUUUUAAAUGUUGAGAAAAUUUACUUACUAGACAAUUUUGAGAAUAACAAAUGUAUUGGAGGCCGUAACAAAAAAAUAAUUUCUCGGCGUGUUUUUAAACAUUGUUUUGACAGAAAAAAUAUUAAAUUAAAAUUAUAUUAGAAAGAAGGAAGUUGUGAUCAAUGGAAUAUUGAAUAUUAUGAUAAAAUGUUUGUCAUGUAAAGUAUUAGGCGAGCAAUGAUUGUAUUGUUCAUUUUCUUUUCUUAUUGAUAUAUGCAACUUAAUGCAGAGGAAUGAAAAUGUGAUGUGAGGAGUAUUUAAAAUCAAUUUUUCUUUCUUAAGAAUAUCUUCUUUAGUGUUGUUAAUGUCGUCUCAAGUUGUAAAGUAUAAGCUUGACCGAAAUUAUGUUUUAAAUGUAAGAAAAAAAAAGUAGGAAAGUGGAAGUAAACUUUUUGUUUGUAAAGAGAAAUGUAUGAAAGUGACCUCAGGAACAUCAGCAAAAAAAAUCUAAUACAAAAAGAGUGCGAAAGUACUUAAACUUAAUUGUGCUUUGUAACCGAAAUAAAAUACAAUACAAAUCGACCUGUCAUGUCAUUGGCAAUAAACUGUG